UCGAAAUCGUCAGCUCGUUGCUUGCACAUCGCGUUCGCUGCCCGCCUCUGAACGUAACACAGUGUCAAAAGGACUACAUUUGAAGGAUAAAUAUCCUCAAACACACACAUACACACACUCACACACAUACAACAUGGCCAAAAUAGUGAUCAGUGCUUUGUUGUGUCUAGCCAUGUUUGGCUCAAUGGCCCAAGCAGCUGGCGCCGGCGCCUGCCGUGAAGCGAAUGGCACUGCACCUGUUUCCGGAUCGUGUGAUGCCUACAUCGAGUGCAAGAAUGGCGUGGCCGAGGAGAAGCUCUGCCCGGAUGGUCUGCUGUACAAUGAGAAGUCCACUGGCUAUCCAUGUGGAUACCCCAUUGAUGUGGAAUGCAACCAAGCGACUGCUCGUCUACAGGCUGCCCAGCCCUCGGAAAAUUGCCCUCAUCAGUUUGGAUACUAUCGCAUGGGGGAUGCCAGUCAUUGUGGUCAGUUCAUGAACUGUGCGGCGGGACGUGGAUUUGUGUUUGAUUGUCCCGUGGGAUUGGCCUGGAACCCGGCCACCUACAAAUGCGACUGGCCCGAUCAGGUCGAGGAUUGCGAUGCUGAGGCAUUCUUGGGCUUCCGUUGUCCAGCACCAGCUCCUAAGUCAGAUCUGCUGGGCGUGCAGGAGGAGGAUUAUACAUUCCAUGCAUCGGAUAGCGACUGCCAAGUGUACUUCAUCUGUAUUGAGGGUCGCCCACGUCGUAUUGGCUGCGGCGAGGAUCAGGCUUUCAACCAGGAGCUGAAGCAGUGCGACGACAUUGAAAAUGUGCCCAACUGCAGUAGUGACAUCAAGGCCAAGGGAGCCGAGAUCAAGGCGGCCCGUGCCAAUGCCGCUGCCCUUCGUCGCAAGCAGAACUAAGCGAAGCUGAUUGAUAGAAGAAGAAGAAGAAACAGAAGAAGAACUGGAAAGGUUUUGGAUAUGCAAAACACAGGCAAAGAGCUGCUCGAGUUUUCUAGUCUUUAGUUAAAGGGUGCCAAUCAAUUGAUGUGCCAAUCUAUUGUAUAACUUUUCCCACACACAAUAAAAUGUCGAAAAUUUCAAUAA